UAUAUGGCCACAACUCUAGGACUUGUAUGGGCAAAGAGGCAUGGCUGGAGGAGGUGGAGUGAAGCUAUUUGGGGUUCAGCUUCAUAUGGCUUCUUCGCCACUCAAGAAAAGCUUCAGCAUGGAGUGUCUCUCCUGCUCUCAUCCUUUUGCUCCUUCCUCUUCGUUUUCUUCAUCCGCAUCUUCUCUUGGCCCAGUCGAUGAAACCACUGAGAAGACGACUAAUGGGUAUCUGUCUGAUGGUCUUGGUUUCAGAAAACAAGAAAGGAAGAAGGGAGUUUCAUGGACUGAGGAAGAGCACAGGCAGUUUCUUGUAGGACUUGAGAAGCUUGGAAAAGGAGAUUGGAGAGGCAUCUCGAGGAAUUUUGUCAACACAAGAACUCCCACACAAGUGGCAAGCCAUGCUCAAAAGUACUUCCUGAGACAAAACAGCCUCAACAAAAAGAAGCGCCGAUCGAGUCUCUUCGAUGUGGUUGCAACUUGUGAGAAGGCAGUUCUACACACUGAUCCUUACAAGCCAGUCUUGUUAUCUCUUACCAUGGCAAAACAAAAUGCUUCUGAGACUGCAAAAGUAGAUCUGAGUUCAUCGAUCCAAGAGCAGGAAACAGACCAUCUGCCCUCAUCUGCUGGCCUGAUUGAAAGGGUCAAUGGGCAGCUCUCAAAUAUCGAUUUGGAGCUUAGAAUUUCCAGCUCAAAGUUGAACCAGAAGAACUCAUCAACUGGAAAUCUAUGUUUUGGUACCAUAAGAGUUACUUAAAUGGAUUUUCAUGAAUGCUGCAAACUGCAACAAAGAUGGAAGCUUAGUCAGUGUUACUGACACAAGGCCCCUUUGGAUCUUUUAGAUUAAUUCAAUACUUGCAGAUAAGGAGAUGAAUGUUUUUCCUUUUUCAUUUUUUGAAAUGAUAAGUAGUAUUGUUUGUGUGGAAAAUUAUCGAGGGAACUUAUUUUUGUUGUUGA